CUUCUUGUGCCUCCAAUUCUAAUUGCGACAAUUGACCAGAUCCACGACUAAUUAUAAUUUAUAUCGCCUAUUUCACCCGCGCAUAACGAAUCGCGAUCGAUUAACGAGUUCGAAAUCCUGUCACCAUGUCCAAACGCUCGGCGGAAGCCGGUGAUGGCAUCGCUCCUCUUAAAGGGGGUGAUCGUCCCGAACCGAUGGAUGUAGACGACGACAAGGAAAUGGGCGAUUUCGCAGACGAAUUUGAGGAUGAGUUUGAGAGCGAAGACGAGAUAUUUGAGGCAGGCGUAGAUGGUAGACCUGAUGCUGAACGCGAAGCAGAGGAACGAGCAGCUGGUGCCAUGGAUGUCGAUAAUGGAAAUGGAACUUUUAUUGUUGGCCGUAAUAAGCUUGAGGCUGGUCAACAUCUUGCUCCCGACACGGGAACUUAUGAGAUGCUCCACAGCCUUAGCACCCCUUGGCCUUGUCUAUCUUUCGAUAUCAUUCGCGACGGACUCGGAGAUAAGCGAGAAAAGGUCUACCCGGCCACCAUGUACACCGUCGCCGGCACCCAAGCCGAGAGCAAGCGCGAAAAGGAGAACCAGUUGAUGAUCAUGAAGUUUAGCGGGUUGAGUCGCGUGCAAAAAGAAGAUGAUGAUUCAGAGUCGGAGGAUGACGACGACGAAGAAGAAGCCGAACCUAUCCUCGAGUCCAAGUCCAUCCCGCUAACCUCGACUACAAACCGAAUCCGAAGUCACCAGAUCCCCUCCCAAGACCCCUCCAAACCACCUACUACCCUCACCGCGACCAUGACAGAGUCAUCAAACAUCUUCAUACAUGAUGUUACUCCCCACCUAGCAUCUUUCGACAACCCCGGAACACUCAUUACACCACAGCAGAACAAACCACUCUCCACAAUCCGAGCCCACAAAUCCGAGGGUUACGCCCUUGAUUGGUCGCCUCUAGUGCCAGGCGGCAAGCUCCUAACCGGUGACAACGAUGGUUUGAUACAUAUGACGACGCGAUCAGACGGAGGUGGUUGGAUUACAGAUACGAGAGCAUUCCAAGGUCAUACCAGCAGCGUGGAGGAGAUUCAAUGGAGUCCGCAAGAAGCAUCAGUGUUUGCUUCCGCAUCUAGCGACGGCACAGUUCGUGUGUGGGACGUCCGAAGCAAGAGCCGAAAACCUGCCAUUACGGUACAGGUUAGCUCCACCGACGUCAACGUCAUGUCCUGGUCGAGGUUGACGACGCACCUACUCGCGACGGGUGCCGACGAUGGAGUCUGGGGAGUAUGGGAUCUGCGACAAUGGAAGGGAGGCGCGCAGAAACCCAGCCCGAUCGCGAGUUUCAACUACCACAAGGAGCAGAUUACCAGCAUCGAGUGGCAUCCUACCGACGAUAGCAUGGUGGCCGUUGCUGCGGGUGACCACAAGGUUACUCUAUGGGAUCUUUCUGUGGAAUUAGACGACGAGGAAAGCAAAGAUACCGCAGGAGUCAAGGACAUGCCGCCUCAGUUACUCUUCGAACACAUCUCCGAACACGCGAAGGAGGUGCACUGGCAUCCUCAGAUCCCCGGCACGCUGGUCGCCACCGGCCAGGAGUUUAGCGUAUUCAGGCCUAUACCUGUCGUCUAUGGCAUUCAUGGAAAAUAAGACCCAACUUUCUGAAUAUAAAUCAAUCAUCGGAAUACGCGGAGGCCGUAUCUUGAAAGGAGUCUGAAAUCGUCUUGUAACUCAAAGUACCUACGUCAAACGCCAAGCACAACUACAUCUACCCACGUAUCUUGCAACUACAUUAGCACGUGUUCUAUUGGAAAUAAGGAUGAAACCCUUUAGAUAUGCGACACUAGGUGGUUACCAGAGAUCCGCGGAGCAGGUCUGAGGAAGACUACUUCGCGAGGCGUUACGGGUCUUCGAUAUUAGAGCACCAUUCUAUUAUAAAGGGGUGGUCUAGGGGGGAUAUGCAGACCAUGAUGCUGAUAGGUUAGUUAGGUUGUUCUCACCAUGAAAUGGAGUGAGUGCUCUGAGACUUCAAAUUUCGAAUUAGAUGAUCGUCUUAACCAUGUUUACGAUUUGAGAAGUAUUUCGUUCCUAGAAAUCGCGUUUUAAAUUUCUCAAUGGUUGAUAGUUAUCGGAACACAGGGAGGUAGGUACGCUGUGGAGAUCUAACAACUUUACUUCGAAUAUAUAUGUUGUCUACAAUCGAACUGCGGAUUGCUUAUCGCAUUAAUAACUAUUUCUACGAUAUUGAGAACUA